AAUGCUGAAAAAGUCCCUGGCAAGUUGUUUAACGCAUGACACAGGAAGCAAGACGCACAGAUCGCUGUGUGGGUCACUUCAUGAAAACGGCAGAACAAUACCCGUCUGUGCUCCUGUUACCUCGCGGUGCGCUCCUACAGCAGCAGCCUCCAUCACAGUACUGAAGGUAGAAACUAAAGAACGUCCUUGGAUAACAGUUGAGAAAGGCAGAGGAAUCAGCAGCAAAAAUGGGAUGUUUUCAGUUCCUCAAAACCAUGAUGGUUAUUUUCAAUGGCAUCAUCUUUCUGGCAGGUGCUGCCAUCCUGGGUGUUGGGAUCUGGGUGAAGGUGGAUAGCGGUUCAGUCCUUAACUUUCUCGGGAAAAUUCCAAAUGUGCCACCGGAGCUUAAUCAGGUGCUCAAUGUGGGAUACCUGCUGAUUGCAAUAGGGGUCCUGCUGGUCAUCAUCGGCUUUCUAGGCUGCUGUGGAGCCAUGAAGGAGAGCAAGUGUAUGCUACUGCUGUUUUUUAUCAUAGUCUUGUUGGUCUUCAUAGCAGAGGUGGCAGGAGCAGUGGUUAUUCUGGCAUUCAGACCGUUGGCUGACCAGUUGUUUAACACGGUUGGCAAGGCGGCCGUUAUGAACAUCAAGCAGGACUAUGGGAAUGUUUCCGACAUCACCGGACUGUGGAAUACAACAAUGAACACGUUAAAAUGCUGUGGAUUCUACAACUCAUCGGACUUUGUGGAUUCUCCUUACUAUAACUCACACAACAAGACAUUUCCACCAGACUGCUGUUCGGACACUGUGAGGUCAUGUUCCAACGCGACAGUCACCGGUUGCUUCCCAAAGAUCAAGCAGCUGAUUGAAAAUAACAGCGCUGCUAUUGUGGGAGUGGCGCUGGGGAUUGCAGCCCUGGAGAUUUGUGCCAUGGUUGUCUCAAUGAGCCUUUUCUGCAGAAUAAAAUCCGGCAGCGUCUAACUCCAAAUGGCAAAGGCCUCAGAGGAAUCCUGAAAUCACUGGAGUCCCUCUCCUUCCUAUUUCACUUCCUAUAUAAUGAAAGUCUUGUGCAAUCACAAUUAAAAAAUGACAAAUCUAUUUUUGCUACAUUAUAUAAUAGAUGCCAUUUAUGAAUCUAUGUUAUCUGUAUAUGUAUGUAUUUUAGUAUGCCAUCUACCUUUUUAUUUAUAAAAGUAGCUACAAACGCUGUGUAUUUGACCAGUGAUUAUUGAUUGUUGCCAGUUAAUGAGGAAUUCAAUGAUAAAUGCAUUCAUUGUGAUAAUGAAACAAAAAGCUGGCAUCAAUAUUGAAGACUGAAACACUACUUUUUUUUGUUGUUGUUGUUGCCAUGAUUCAGUUUGUAAAAUAGCAGCAAAAUUGAUACAUUAUAUGUUCAUAUAUUCUAAAAGUUUUAAAUAAAGUCCACA